GACUAUAAUGAAGAGAUCAGCUCUCUCUCACACACACACACACACCUCUGCAGACAUGAUUUACACUCUGAUUCUUUCUGGGGUUUUACUUCACAUUGGAGAUGGAGUUUGGAUUAAUAAACUGAAUAUAGGAGUGAAAUCUGGAUCUCCAGGCAUUAUUCCAUGUCUAUAUGAUGAACAAUAUAAAGAACACCAGAAGUUUUGGUGUUGGGGGACAUUUUUUAGCACUUGCUCUAUAUUGGCUUAUGUAAAUGAAACAAGAAAUAAAUUCUCCAUCACUGAUUAUCCAGCACAGAGUAUCUUUACAGUGGAAUGGCAGAAUCUGCAGCUGUCAGACUCUUCAUAUUACUGGUGCGUUGUGGAGAUCGGUGGUCCUGGGACACUAGACGCUGGUUAUUAUUUGUAUCUGACGGUACAAUCAGCUCCUGAUUUGUCUGUGAUGAACAGCAGUGUAUCUGGACAUGAAGGUGGUAAUGUUAGUGUUCAGUGUUUCUACAGUUCUGGAUAUAAGAAUAAAACCAAACAGUGGUGCAGAGUUAAAGAUAAGAGCUGUUUCCCAGAGAAUAAGACAGACACAUUCCAGAAUUCAUCAGUGCAGAUCAGUGAUGAUGGUGAAAGCUGCUUCACUGUGCUGAUGACUGGACUGACACUCUCUGAUUCUGGAUGGUAUUUCUGCUCUGCUGGAAAUCUGCAGGUUCCUGUUCAACUCACUGUCACUAAACCUGAACCCAAAGACCUGUACACAACACAGCCGUCAGCCAAACAAAUUCCUACAACAGUUUUGACUACCGUUUCAAGACCCGGGACAAACAUACUGAACAAGGAGCAUUUCUGUCUGUCAAAGGCCUAGAUGUGAUUCUCUAUCUCACCCUGAAGAAUCAGAGAAUUAGAAAAGUGUUGAUUAAUAAUAUUCUAUAUUUGCUUUAUGCUUAUUUAUCAGAGUAAAAAACAAAAUGUAAAGUUUACUUUAAAGUACUCAAGGCCACUAAAACAAUGUUUUGUUGAACUGUGUAACUCCAUUAUCCUAAAUGUGUGCAACAAACUUUUAAUUCUGAGAAAUAUUUUAAUCAUGUUCUUUGCUGUUUUGUCGCAUGUCAGUAAUGUCAUAUCUGCUUUACUUAGAUGUAAAUCAAUUGAGCUAAUAACAAAAGCUAGGCAUAUAUAUAUAUAUAUAUUUAUGUGUGUGUGUUAUUAUGAUUAACCACUAGUUGCGAAACUUACAUUCCGCUUCUUAAACGAUUACUGUCUAUAUUGCAUUUCUCUUCAUAUGGCACUAUUUUCAUCCAUAUUAUCGAUUAAAUUGAUUCUUAUACUAAUAAACCA